AUGCCUGAGACCUUGGUAGCCUCAGGUCCUAUCACUACGGCCAAGGGGCUCAAUGUCAAAGGUCCUCAAAGGCAGUCGAGCUCGUUCUUUGCUUCGAGCUCUGAAUAUCAGUCCUUCGAUCAUACGCGCUCGGCUUACAACGGAGAUCCAUCCCCUGCGAAGCUGGGUAAAAGGAAAGCAGAACCUCUGAGCGAAGAGCAGUCAAUUUCUCCCGUCGAAGACACAAUUCCCUUUUCCCUACCCUCCUCAAAGCUCAUAGCCACUCUACCUACUCCGCUUCCCUCAAAGCGAUUGAAAUUCCGGCCCGGAACAAAAGACUGUCUCAUCCCCGUCGAGCGACUUCCUGUGUACCCGCUCCCACCGUUGCCUCUCAUCACGGACGAAAGCCUUCGUAAGCAAGUUUUCGUACACCACUCCAAGUUCGACAAAGUCAAGGGAAAGUUUCAAGAACCAGAGGAUAACCCAGCGACUCACUAUGAAAAGCUCGAACACGUCGGCGAUAGCAUACUUGGCAUGUUAGUCACCACUUGGCUUCAUGAAACGAAGCCUUUGCUAACCUGCGGGACUGCAUCGAAACUCAAGUCUCACUUAGUAUCCAAUGCAACUCUCUCACACCUCUCUGGACUUUACGGUCUCCCACAGCGACUGGACGCCGAAGCUUGGAAUCUGCCCGUCUUGCGAAAUCAGACCGACGUCCGAGCCGCACUCAUGGAAGCAUUCAUCGCCGCAGUGUACUUUUCUUUUCCUCCCGAAGAGAGAUUCACUCGAGCUCUGCCAGUCCUCGACGGCUGGCUGAGGGAGAUGUACGAUCCGCUGUGCGAUUUCUUCUUCGAGCACAUGAAAUCGGAGCAUGAGCAGCAUAGCCGGGCAGUGGGCGUGGAACCCGACGGGGAGGUGCGCUUCAUGGAGGAAGAAGAACGUACUCGAAUCGAUAAAUCCAGUCGUGGGAUGCUGAAGUUCAUCAAGCACCAUGCUUCUUUGCAGGGUUGGAAGAUUGAGUUUCAUGAGACCGUGUACGAGACGACGGUCGGCAUGUUGUACGAGUACCGCUGCGUGGUCAACGGUGAAGAUGUCGGCUCUGGCACCAGGGCGGACAAGAAGAUGGCGAAGAAUGUCGCCGCGCUGGAAGCCGUCAAGACCUUGGGGUUGGACGGAGGCGACUAG